UUCGCUUCCCUCAUAGAGCUUUUAAGAUCUUCCUCUUCUCCAUUUCUUUAAUAUUUUCUUCUGCUUUGCUUUGCCUAUUCAUUCCAAAUGGCCAGCGUUGAGGUUCAACCAACAGCAACAGCAUUGCCGGAGAAGGAGACAGCAGAGGUAACCCUGGUUCACGAGACACCAAAGGAGGAGACAAAAGCAGAGGAAGCAACAACAGAAGCUCCUAAAGCCGCCGAGCCUGAAGCUGAUACCAAAGAAGCCAAAGUUGAUGAGGAAGCGAAGCCAGCCGCCGCUGAUGAUACGAAAGAAGAGACUGCAGAGACGAAGGCCGAAACAGUUACAGAAGAAGUAAAAGAAGACACGGCAGAACCCACGUCGGAAGCACCAGCAGCAGAGGAGGAAAUUGCUGAAAAAGCAGAAGAAGUUACCGUUGGAAAGGCUGAGGAGUAGAGAAGGGGAUAAGGAGUGUUGUGUUUCAUCUCCUGCGUCUGUUAUUUGUUUACUGCAACUAUAGAAGAUGGAUGUGAGAUGUGGAGUUUUGUUUUUCUUUCUUUUCGCUCUAUUUGGGGUUUGA